GCGGGGCUGAGCUCCGGGCGGCAGGAGGGAGGGAUGGCGCCCCGGCACACGCUCCCCAGCUGGACGUUGUUCCUGGCUGUUUGUGCAGUUGGAAUUGGAGGCACCUUUCAGUAUGGGUACAAUGUCUCUAUUAUCAAUGCACCCACUCAGCAUAUACACAAGUUCUUAAAUGAGACCUGGAGCAGUCGUUAUCACAAGGAGCUAAAUGCAGAUUUGCUGACUUUUCUUUGGUCUGUCAUUGCUUCCAUCUUUUCCCUCGGAGGCCUCUGUGGAGCCUUGUUUGGAGGCAGCAUGGCCAUACGCCUGGGCAGGAAAGGAGCUCUUUUGAUGAAUAAUGUUAUAGCAAUACUAGCCUCCAUUUUAAUGGGGAUCAGUUUUCCUACAGGAUUGUUUGAGUUACUGAUUGCUGGAAGGUUUUUGAUUGGCAUAAAUUCAGGUGUUGGGCUCUGUGUGCAGCCUCUUUAUAUUGGGGAGUUUGCCCCAAAGCACCUCAGAGGUGGCUUGGCCAUGGGGACUUCCAUCUUUCUGACUGGGGGAAUUCUGACAGGACAAAUAAUUGGUUUGAGAGAAUUAUUGGGUGGAGAAAAGCAGUGGCCUCUGUUGCUAUCCAGCAGCUGUAUUCCAGCAUUAGCCCAACUGUUAUUCCUUCCAUGGUUUCCUGAAAGUCCCAGAUAUCUUCUUAUUGACAGAGGUGAUGAGCUGAGCUGUGCCAAAGCUUUGAAGCGAUUUCAUGGUUCCUCAGAGUACCGCAGGGAGCUGGAGGACAUCCAGCGGGAAUGCUUUGCCUUGCAGGGGGAGAAGCCCAGGAAGCCCUGGCAGUUGUUCACUGACCCUGCUGUGAGAUGGCAGCUCAUCACUGUCAUCGUGAUGACCAUGGGCCAGCAGCUCAGUGGCAUUAAUGCUAUUUAUUUCUAUGCAACGUACGUUUUUGAACAAGCUGGGAUCGUGGCAGAAAAAAUCCCGUAUGUGACACUUGGCACUGGAGUUUGUGAGUGUCUCACAGCCCUCUCCUGUGGUUUACUGAUAGACUAUGUGGGAAGAAGAUGCCUUAUCAUUGGGGGUUAUCUCCUCAUGACUCUCUGGUGCACUGUUCUGACCUUCUCUCUGACUUACCAGGAGCUGUACUCCUGGGUGCCUUACAUGAGCAUGAUGUGUGUGUUUGCCUUCAUCUUGAGCUUUGGGCUGGGCCCAGGUGGCAUAACAAACACCCUAACAGCUGAGUUAUUUGUGCAGUCCUCACGUCCUGCUGCCUACAUGAUUGCAGGCACUGUGAGCUGGAUUAGUUUCUUCACGGUUGGGAUGCUCUUCCCCUUCAUAGUGAAUGGACUGAAGCAGUAUUGUUUUGUGGUGUUCUUACUGGAGUGUUUCUUUGUUGCUGCCUUCAUCUUCCUCGUAAUUCCUGAGACAAAAAACAAAUCUUUUCUGGAAAUCAAAAAGGAAUUUAACAAGCUUAACUUUGGAAGAAAUGCCAGGAAAAAGGAAACGGAGCUUUAUGAAAGAAGGCAACUCCAAGAUGAAUUUUUAAAGGUUUCUGCAUAAUUUCACAAAU